AAUUCAAUCCAACUACCUCUAAUUCGUAAGAAGGGUAGGCGAGUGCAGAGCCAACUUGUGUGUGCGUCUUGAACUCGCCAUGAGAUGAGCCUUUGAAGGUAAGACUUUUCUUUCUGAUUUUCCUUCAUCUUCUCGUAAGCCAUUCAGUAUAUCACCAUCAUUUCGUUUACAUCAACACACGCGCUGUACAGAACCAAAGUGAAUUCAUGGCUUCAACUGUAUUUCACGGGCCGCGGUCUUGUAGUGCACCUUCAGUCAAGUCUUUGGAUUGCCGAAUGUACGUCGGCCUUAAGCCGUCGGUUAAUUUAAGGCUUAAAUUCAAUUAUGAUAAAGCGACCGUCAAGGCGCGUCAAAGUGGACGUCUAUUUAUUGUAAAAGCGGGGGAAACGCGCGAUGGGGAGAUUAAGAAACUUGGACUGAGUGAUGCGGAAUGCGAGGCGGCCGUCGUGGCAGGGAAUGCUCCGGAAGCGCCUCCGGUGUCACCUAAGCCCGCCGCUCCAGCUGGCACUCCGUUGGUUCCUUCGCUUCCGCUCAACCGGCGCCCUCGUCGUAAUCGAAAGUCCCCUGCAUUGCGAGCAGCAUUUCAGGAAACAAAUCUUUCACCUGCGAAUUUUGUUUAUCCGUUAUUUAUUCAUGAAGGUGAGGAAGACACACCUAUUGGAGCUAUGCCUGGAUGUUAUAGACUUGGAUGGAGACAUGGGCUCUUGGAAGAGGUGGCAAAAGCUCAGGAUGUUGGUGUCAAUAGCAUCGUGCUCUUCCCCAAAGUCCCUGAUGCUUUGAAGACUCCCACAGGAGAUGAAGCAUACAAUGACAAUGGUUUAGUUCCUCGUACAAUAAGGCUACUCAAGGACAAAUACCCUGAUCUUGUUAUUUACACUGAUGUUGCUUUAGAUCCAUAUUCCUCUGAUGGACAUGAUGGUAUAGUCCGAGAAGAUGGUGUUAUAAUGAAUGAUGAAACAGUGCAUCAGUUAUGUAAACAAGCUGUUUCCCAGGCUCGUGCUGGAGCUGAUGUUGUGAGUCCCAGUGACAUGAUGGAUGGUCGUGUAGGAGCAAUUCGGGCAGCUCUUGAUGCUGAAGGCUUUCAUCAUGUUUCCAUUAUGUCGUAUACUGCAAAGUACGCGAGUUCCUUCUACGGUCCAUUUAGGGAGGCAUUAGACUCGAAUCCACGUUUUGGCGACAAGAAAACUUAUCAGAUGAAUCCAGCAAACUAUAGAGAGGCUAUGGUAGAAGCCCGUGAAGAUGUAUUUGAAGGAGCUGACAUCCUUUUGGUGAAACCUGGUCUUCCAUAUUUGGAUAUCAUAAGGCUUCUCAGGGAUAAAUCUCCUCUGCCGAUUGCUGCAUAUCAGGUUUCUGGUGAAUACUCAAUGAUCAAGGCUGGUGGGAUUCUGAAGAUGAUAGAUGAAGAGAGGGUUAUGAUGGAAUCAUUAACGUGCCUCCGAAGGGCCGGUGCUGACAUCAUCCUUACAUAUUUUGCUUUACAAGCUGCUAGAACUUUAUGCGGGGAGAAGAGGUGAGAAUGGUCUGAUCAACAUGGUUAUUAAAAUGUUGUAGGGGCAUCUUUUUUGGUAGGUACUUUACGCUUGAAUAAGUUGGGAAUUUUGAGUGAUAUAAAUUAACCAGUCAGAUUUGUUAAUUAAAAUCUGACUUGUUAUUAAAUUUAUGUAUGUGACAUGAGAAUUUACGGCUUUUAAUUAGAACAAAUAAAAGCAAAUUAUGAAGCAGAA